AACUGAGAUAACGGCGAGAACCGAUGGGCAUUCAAAUUGGAUCUAAGGUGGAGAGAGUGGACGGGCGGCGGCUUAGUUACAGGGAUUUCAUCGAUCGAUAUCUGAAGAAGAAUCUCCCCGUAGUGCUUACCGGUCUUAUGGAUGGAUGGCAGGCCUGCACUGAUUGGGUCACCGCCGAUGGCCGUCCAAAUCUCCGCUUCUUCACUGACCAUUUCGGCAAAUCCAUAGUUCAGGUGGCAGAUUGUCGUAAAAGAGAUUUCACAGAUCAGAAGAGGGUUGAGAUGUCCGUCUCUGAGUACGUUGACUAUUGGCUUGGUAUUUCUUCUAUUGACCAUAAUAAAAUUGCUAGCAGCAAUGGAGCCACUGAAUCUUUGUUGUACCUUAAGGAUUGGCAUUUUGUCAAAGAGUAUCCUAAUUAUGUGGCCUACACAACUCCAUCUCUUUUUGCUGAUGAUUGGCUCAAUCUUUACCUUGAUAGUCACUGCUUGCAUCGUGAUUCAGAUAUUACUCGGGACAAAAAUGAAAUAAAUUGUGCCGAUUACCGCUUUGUUUACAUGGGAGUUAAAGGUACUUGGACCCCACUUCAUGCUGAUGUUUUCAUGUCAUAUAGCUGGUCUGCUAACGUAUGUGGCACAAAACUGUGGCUUUUCUUACCACCUUCACAGUGUCACCUUAUCUUUGAUAGGUACCUUAAAAAUUCAGUCUAUGAUGUUUACGGUGAAAUCUCUGAAAAGAUGUUUCCUGGUUUUAAUAAGGCUAUUUGGUGGGAUUGUACUCAAGAACAGAACGAGAUUAUCUUUGUACCUAGUGGGUGGUACCAUCAGGUCCACAAUUUGGAAGACACAAUAUCGAUAAACCAUAACUGGUUCAAUGGUUAUAAUUUGUUCUGGGUGUGGAAUUUGCUUGUUAAAGAUUACACUGAAGCCAAAGAGUACAUCGAAGACAUCCGAGAGAUUUGUGAUGACUUUGAAAGCAUCUGUCAGAGAAAUCUUGCUGCCAACACAGGCAUGAACUUCUAUGAUUUUUUUGUCUUUAUUACACGUUUUGCCUUGGCCAAUCUCGUCUUGCUUAGGGACCUUAAAAAUGAGGAAAUUGUGGUUUCUCAUUUAAGAUCUGUUGCUUAUUACGUUUCAAACAAUAUAAAAGCCAUACAUUCAGUUGCCUUGAGCAUGGGUUCUGUUGAAGCUUUCGCUGAUCAGAAUUUAAACAGCUGUUCAGAAGAAAAUCGCAUUGCCUAUUCUGAAAUAAAGAGAAUUAUGGAGGAACCAGAUUUUCAUGAACUAUAUACUGCUUUGAGAAUAGCCCUUCAAAUUGUGUGUGAGGGACACCAUCAAGAUUACAAUUUGGGAACCGCACUUAAAAAAAUAGAUCUUUGUAGCCUUUCGGACUUCAAAAUUGGCAAUCCUACAGAACUGGUUAAAUUGAUUGAAAAUGUCUUUCAAGAUCAGAUCAAUAUGCAAAAUGGUUGCAACAUUGGCUUCCCAUAGAAAAUAUGUGAUGACAAAUCUUUGGCUAUAAUGCAACCUGGUAACGAGGUAAAGUUUGUUAGAAGGGGCUGGGAUUGAUUAAAAAAAAACGAAAGUUUUUGUCAUUCUGAGAAAGAGCGGAAUAAGGGUUGAUUCAAUUUUGGCAGAUUUACAUACAUGAUACAUACCACUUAAUUCCUAUUAUUUACAUAUUUAACACCUAUACUUCAAUUUUUACUGGAAAUGCCACCUUACCUACGCAUGAACAGGUGUAUUUAAAUUUUUUUUAAACUCAAAGUAGGGAUAUUUUUUAUGCUAUAUGAAAUCCUUGGGUGGCAUAAAUGUCGAGAGUAAUGACUAAGUGUUAGACAUGUAUAUGCAUAAUAAUUUGGUGGUAUGUAUGCAAAUGCCCCUUCAAUAUUCCAUGUUUGCAAUAUUGGUUCAUCAUUCAAGAAGCUACAUUAUCAGGUGUUGCUUUUUAAAAUUGCCGAUUUCACAUUCAAUUUCCACAUUGUGGCAACUAUAGCUAUAUUCUAAUCUAAGUUUGUUUAUAUUGGAACUGAUAUUCCAAUUAUAAGAUGGGAACUAAUAUUUCCUUCUCCGGUGAGCUUAUUUGUAAAAUAUUAAUUUGACUUGGAGUCGUUGUUCUGUUGUCCCUUACGUCAUUUUCAUUGCUUUAAAAUGAAAAUGCAGCAGUCCUACAGAGGGGUGUCAAAUAUAAUUCUUAUUGGUGUUUCACAAAGCAAUUCAUGCAUUUAAGUUUUAUUGUACUGCUACUAAUUUUGAGUAUUGUUUUUUUUAACCGGCAGCACAGAUUUCUUUUAUUAUUUUCUGAUCAGCAUUUGUUUCUUUAUGAGGAUUCAAUUUUUUUUAUUAUAAAACUGCGGUACUCUUUCUUUCACUUGCAUGGAUGUUUAAUAGAAAUCGAACAUUAAUUAGUUUGCGUGUUGUCAAUCAAUGGCCGUCUUAUCAGGCGGAUAGAAUUGUGUGAUCAAUGUUUUAUUAAAACCUACCAAUGCACAUCGCAUGUGUAUGUAUAAUUUCUUCAUCAGAUACCUCCAUUUAAAUAUGCUUGCAAGAUUAGUAGCUAUCUUCCAUAGUAUAUAUUUAUUUGUUUCUACUAGUUUGGUAUGUAUUAUUCUGAUAGAUGAUUUAACCUAUGUAGCUUCUUAAUAUUCAAACUCUUUCUUCAAUCAAUGGGUUGCUUGGCUUGUUGUAGAAGAGGAGUAUUGUAUUCCCAAUGCAGGGCCUUGAAAUUAUGGGUAUUUGAUUUGAGAAAAAAAGGAAUGUAGUUUAAAAUUGUUAUGAAUUUUAAAUGAAACAUUUAGUUCAUUCAGCUUGUUUCAAAUUCGCUCUAUCUCGGCGGUUUUAAAUAGACUGCAGGCUAUCGAUGUUGGCAAUGUCACUGCCGGCCACCACAACGCGUUGCAGCCACCAUCUGCAGCGGUUACAGGCCAUUGGCCACUGCAGCUCUUUACCCCUGACUCUUGUCACCGCGGUCCUCCAUCACCACUUCCAGCAUCCACUUAAGCUUUUUAUAAUUUUUUUUUAGUGUACUCAUUUAAACGCAAAAUUAUAAAUCCAUGCAUUUACAAUAUGUUCAACCAAAUAUCAAUAUUUACUUUCACAGCAUUUCUUUUGCACUGCACGAGACUGAUUUACUAAGAGGCGCUGAUGAAGAAGCUACCUAGAAUACUUUUGAACUUUUUACCCUCGCAAUUGUUUCUACUUGCUUUGUGGAUUCAUUUCACUUGUAACUUUUUUAUUUUUCUCAUGAAUGUCUUAUACCUAUAUUUUUUCAAAUCUUUGGUUUAUUUUCUAAAGUGAAUGAUGAUUUCGUAUUGAUUUCUAUGAAGAAACUUAUUUCUUGCAUGAGAGUCAAUGUAUGAUAAGCCCACAUAUACAUUAGAUAAAUUACUGCAGCUCAUAGGAAGCAUGAAAUUUUUUAUUUGAAAAAUAAGAGGAAAAAUCAUGGGGGUGUAAUUGGUGAUUGAAAUGAAUCCACUAGUGUCAAUUGUAUGUCACAGUAAUUCAUGUCAUUGUAAUUGGUGAAUACAUUAAUUCAAUAUAGAUGACAUAUUAUAGAAGAUGUAUUUCAUGGUAGAAUUAGAGGGUGCCUUGAGUUGCUACAAUUGUCAUCAAGAGAUGUGUUGGACCAGAUGAAUUAUGUGCGUCAUUUCUGUUGCAUUUUACUUCAGUAUAAACUUGAAUAAAAUUUAUAGUAUCUGUAUGUUCUUACCAUCUUAUAAAUCCUAAGCUCGCCCCAUAAGAGCUCUAAGGAGAGCUUCAAAUUCUCUCAACUUGUGUUGCAGUUGAGCCAAUUUAUCUGGUGCACACACUGCACAUUUAUAUAAACAUUCAUCGUGCAUAACAUUGUUUAAUUUCUUAUUUGUGUUGCAGUGAGGGCAUGGCACAUGGAUUGAAUACUUGUAUAGAUUAUUGUAGGCAUUAUUGAUAUUAACAUAAAAAAGUCGUG